AUGCUCGCAAUGCAGACAAACUACCCUCCUUUACCUCCGGAAAAUGAAGCAACUGCCACGGCUAACCCACCUACAACAGCCAAUGCUGGUGCUGGGCGAUAUCACCCACCGACGACCAACUCCGCAUCGUUUCCUGGGUCGUCCCCGAUCGACGCAUCCUUCCCACGCGGUGCCCAGGCCAACGAGGCGUCGGCCUCACUCAACGAAGUUCUGCACCGAUCGCUAAUGGCUUCUUCCUUCACAGCUAACGAAGCAAAUGAACAGACCAUUCCGAGAGCGCAUUCAAAUGGAAAGGCCUUGGAUCUUAAUGCUCUGCGUGAAGCAGCUAGUCGUGAGAAGAAGCUAUUUGACAGCAGCAUGAGCAGUUAUGACUUCUCUCUUCAUAUGGCCCCUGCGCACCCCCAGUGGACAACGCACCCGGAUAACCAUCACACUGACAUGCCGCCAAAAUCGGUGCCAACUCAGGAAACAGGCGCUAACUGUAGUGCCAAACUUGGUUCCUUCUCACCGAACGUUAGCAUGCUCCCCUACACUAGCGCCGGGUCAACCAAAGACCUGGACUACUUACUAGCAGCGAAUGCGGCACGAGCGCUAGUUAACCACUUCGGUGGCGGUGGUGGCAGUGGCAGCGGACCCCAGUCGACUGACGACAGGGCGAAGUCCCCCUCGAUGGGAUUCCGAGAGAUGGUGAAUCCCCACAUCUCCCCACAACAGCCGCCGGCAUCAAUGGAAACCUUGUAUGCCCACCAGCGACAUCCCUCAGACAGGUCGAGUCCUUCUCGGAGCCCCUUUGGAAUUCCCUCCCUUGGAGCGGGUGGCGGGGCUCCACCGAAUAUGUCCGCCCCAUUCACCACCUCACCGCUCUCCUUCCCUGUUCCUCCCCACUUUCGUCAAAACCACCCCCCAUACUCACCGCAUCCCCACCACUUGCUUCCUCCUAACCCAUUCGGGGGACUAGACCCGGGCUUCGCGGACCGCAUGAAGGACUACUCCACGCCUCAUCACCUCAUGGAUCCCAGGUACCCAGGCACUGGCGCCAUGUCGAGGCUCCCUCGUUCGACGUCGCCAGUUGAAGGCGAGGGACGCAGUGGUCUGAUGGCAGAUUCCGCUAUGAGCGAUGCUUCACCAAACAGCUCGACCAGCGGAAAGUUCGUGUCUCCGCACAGUCAAGCCGGUGGAACUCCUAACAGUGGAGGCAACAUUGUUUUAUACCCCUGGAUGAAUCCGAAAAGUUGUGGUAAGUGCCAAUAUGAGUCGCUGCAUUUUGAUAUGGCUCUCUUGUCUUGGGACCCAAAUCAAUGA